AUUUUUUGUUAGCAUCGACAAAAAAAAGACACGCAAAACACGCGAUUUGUAAUUGGUGCAAAAAUUCGCAUACGUCUUCAUUAGUCUUGAAAUUGUUGUCGGCGUCGAUCAUUAUGCAUCCCGAUCUCACUGAGCGCAUCCUAUUGCAUUUGGAGUCCGUUGACAAGGUCGACACACUCGAUCUAGCCACGCAAUUCAACGUUGACCACCAGAAAGUUGUCGGCGCUCUGAAGAGCAUUCAGGCACAUGGCGAUCUGGUUAAUGCGGAGACAGUCACUCACAAAACACUCGGAUUAACGGACGAGGGCCAGUCGGUGGUCGAGAAGGGCAGCCACGAGGCAACCGUCUAUGGUUUGGUGCCCGCGGAGGGCAUUCCCCAGGCGGUGCUUAUGGUCAAUGGUGGACCGAAUGCUAAGGUUGGCUUCAGCAAGGCCAUGUCUCACGGCUGGAUAUUGGUGGAUAAGAGCGUGCAGCCGCCACUGAUUAAGCGUAAGGUCGAUCAGAUUGUCGAUACCGUCAGGGAGCAGCUUGUCCUGGUGGCAAGCGGUAAAUCGCAAUUGUCGGCCAAGGAUGUGGCCGAUUUCAAGAAGCGCAAACUGCUCCAGGAGACAACCACAAAGAGCUUCGUACUGAGCAAGGGUCCCGAGUUUAGCACAACGCUGACCAAACUGGAAACGGACCUCACCGUGGACAUGCUGACCAGCGGUCUGUGGGAGCAGCUAAAAUUCAAAUCAUAUAAUUUUGAUGCGCUAGGAGCGACACCGACACGUGGCCAUCUGCAUCCAUUGCUCAAGAUGCGCUCCGAAUUCCGUCAGAUCUUCCUUGAGAUGGGCUUCUCGGAGAUGCCGACCAACAACUAUGUGGAGUCAUCUUUCUGGAAUUUUGAUGCAUUGUUCCAGCCGCAACAGCAUCCGGCACGCGAUGCUCACGAUACAUUCUUCAUUAAUCAUCCGGCGCAGAGUUACAAGUUUCCCCACGAGUACUUGCAGCGUGUGAAGGCCAUUCACUCCAAAGGCGGCUACGGUUCUUUAGGCUACGGCUACAAUUGGAAGCUGGACGAGGCACAAAAGAAUCUAUUACGCACCCACACAACGGCCGUCAGUGCCCGGAUGCUGUUCAAGCUGGCCAAUCAGCCGGGUGGCUUCACGCCGGCCAAGUACUUUAGCAUUGACAAGGUGUUCCGCAACGAGACACUGGAUGCCACACAUUUGGCCGAAUUCCAUCAGGUGGAGGGUGUUAUUGCCGAUGUUGGCCUAACGCUGGGCGAUCUCAUUGGCACGCUAUAUGAAUUUUUCCGGAAACUGGGCAUCACCCAAUUGGAAUUUAAGCCGGCAUACAAUCCGUAUACGGAACCAAGUAUGGAGAUAUUCUGCUAUCAUCCGGGUCUGCGCAGAUGGAUUGAAGUGGGUAAUUCGGGCAUCUUCCGACCGGAAAUGUUGCUGCCCAUGGGUCUGCCGGAGAAUGUUAAUGUUAUCGCCUGGGGUUUGUCGCUCGAACGGCCAACGAUGAUCAUGUAUGGCAUUAACAAUAUUCGCGAUCUGGUUGGACCCAAGGUCGAUCUGAAAAUGGUUGAAGACGGACCCAUUUGUCGCUUGGAUUACAUUUAAUUGCGUUUUCUAAUUGAAAAAUAUACAUUUUUAACUAUA